GAGAAAUCCGACAAGCAGUGCGACCUUUUGUAAAGUGAUCGUUGGACAGAGCUAAUGGAAGCAUCGCAAUCACAUCCCAUGCAGACGGCAAACAGUCGACGCGGCUCUUCGGAUGACCUUGAUGCACCAAGCUCCAGCAGCGAAGCGCGGUUACUCGACGGAGUAGCCUGGGAGAAGGCUGCGACUUCACCUCAGCACUCUCCCUCGCCUACCUUCUGCCGCCGCCACUGCAUAACGAUUCUGAACUUCUGCCUAUUCAUCAUAUCAUGCACACUUUUCACACUAUCAUUCUCCACCCCAGAGCGCAGCAAUAAUUGGCUACUGCAAAAGACUUCUUUCUACUCUCCCAUCUUCUCCCGCUACGACAUAGACUUCCAACAAAAGACUGUUGUCGGACCACUUUUCAACGAAGACAGCCUUUCAGCCGAAGAGGCACUCCUCCGCGCUUACCCAUCCCCCGAGACCGAAGCUCUAUGGGAUGAGUACGAAGAAAUAGGAACUCUGAUCAUCUCCUCCGAUGAUGUCCGACUACUUGGGAAAGACCCUAGCACGACCGUGAAAGCACCCGUGGAUUUCGGCUACGGCCCAGACGCCCAUCUCGCCAUGCUCGACGGCCAACACGCCAUCCACUGCCUUAACACUCUCCGUCGAUACGCUUAUCGAGAAUACUUCUACCCGAACCUCACAGCCUCGACCACUCCUGGCAAAAGUCCUUUCUCGCCAUUGGCUGAAGCACAUCUUAGUCAUUGUCUACAUAUUUUAUUGCAGACGCUGACUUGUAAACCUUCGUUUGAUUUGAUUACUAUGAAUUGGGUCGAAACACAAAUCAACCCUUACCCAGACUUUGCGAUCAAUAAGAAGUGCAUCGAUUACAAGCAGAUGAAGAAUUGGCAAACGAAGAAUAAGUUGUCAAAAGAGCAGUGGUUGGAAGUGGGGGAUCGAGGGCCGCAGAAGGAGGACAAGGUCUUCCCUAUGGCCCCGAAAUUGGCUGAAUGGGUGGCUUCGACAGACGCAGAGACUGGAGACAAGAAGACGGAGCAGGUGGACCAUCAUGAUUGAAUACUAAAUAGAGGCAGACCAGCACUGAGCAAUCUUAUGCGAGAACAAACAGCAUAUUUCCAGUAUUGUGUGCUCUUAU